UGCCAUGAUUAUAAAUCUAUGCAUUUAGGUAAGCAAGUACAUAGGUACAUUCAAUAUGUACAUAUUUAUUGUAAUGGUGUUGUCGAAUGACUCUGGUAUUAUCUAAAUUGAAUUGGUGUAAAUGAGAAAAUGCGGUGACACUGACCACAAAUCUUAAAAGAUGUGCCAACGUACUCGACCAUUUCCAAAUUAUGAUUAAAUUGGAGUUUUGACCAUAGCACAAAAUUGUCUGAUAAUUUGUUUAUUAUUAAAUUAUUGCAUAAUCAUUUAUAUUAAAAUAUGUAUACAGUCUCAGCUCAAAACGAGAUCAAAAUUGGGGUAUCUGGACGAUUUAUUGAUGUUGUGCAUAUGCUUCACUUCCGCUUUAAUUAUAAUGAUUUUGACACAAAUCAGAAAUUCCUCAUAGGUAUAUAAAUAAAGGCCCAGCAACUGAGUUAUACAUUUUUAUUCGGCAAGGACUCAGUGCAAAUCUUACGUUUCCCAUUACGUUUUCGACAUGUAUUUGUAUUCGAUCUGGAUUUUGUGCACACUCUUCAUUGCAGCAGUUUCGUCGAAGGAAAUUUCGAAAAAUAAAGUAGCUGCAGUGGAUACAGAAGCUCAAGCAACCGGAGAACAUUUUGGUCAUCACCACGGUCAUCAUUACCAUAAGUCCCCACUUGUCAUAGAAGGACACCAUGAAUUUCAUCAUCAUCACAAAAUUCCAGUACCAAAACCUGUGCCUGUUCCAAUUAUAAAGGAAGUUCCAGUCCCAGUGGUUAAGCAUAUUCCGUACCCCGUGAUCAAACAUGUCCCGAUUUAUAAGCAUAUUCAUGUUCCAGUUGCCAAACACUUUUCCUUUUCCAUCUCUAAACACUUUCCCUUCUUUAAAUUUCAUACUGGAUUCGUCCAUCAUUACCAACCACCUCAUUACCAUGAUUUUGGUCAUCAAGGAUAUCACUUCGGACAUGGUCAACGUGGUGCUUACCACGGAUUACAUUAAAAUUAAACCCAAGUUCGUGGAUUAUUCACUCACUUCAGCCUCAAAGUUAACCCUUAGCUAUAUACAUACACAAUCUAAUUGAAAUUCAAAUUUUCAAGUGUGAUUAAAAGCUAGUGUAAAACUCGGA